AUGUCCAAAGUAAUAAUUGCUUUGGGCUUUAUGCUCAUAGCAAUAGUCAGCGGUGACCAUCCAGUAUAUUGGUAUAGAGAAUUUGAAGAGAUUACGCCAGUCGGUGAUGAAAAUGUAGCCAGAAGUAAUCAGACAGUUUACAGACUGCCUCAAAAUGUAGUGCCCCUUGAGUAUGAUAUUUAUAUUGAUCUUUAUUUCGCUGAAAGAACGGACAGACCGUUUAGCUACGAUGGUAAAGAAUACAUUAUUAUUCAGGCACUCGAAGAAAACGUAACACAAAUUGUACUCCACGCUAACGUAGAUUCGAUUAACGCUGUGAGUCUUUUGACGUCAGGUCUACCAGUGACACUGAAUCCAAUAGAACCAUUCACUAUUGAGCCCCAGUACCACUUCCUGAAGAUCAAUUUGCAGCAAGCGUUAGCAAUACGUACCAAUUACAGCCUCAUGAUAGACUAUUCAAGUGCUAUGAACGAGGGUCCGAUGAAGCGUGGUAUUUGGAGAGGGUGGUAUACAGACGACAAUGGUAAUGAAAGAAUUUAUGCAACGACGCACUUUCAACCGUACAACGCAAGACAAGCGUUUCCGUGCUGGGACGAACCUCUUUUCAAAGCAGUAUUUAAACUUCAUCUAUCAAGGCCAGAAAAUUAUUCAGGAACUUUCUCCAAUACCCGCAUGGAAUCAAGUGAUAGGCUAAACGGCAGCCGUGUUCGCGACAACUUCUAUGCAACACCAAUAAUGUCUUCAUAUCUUGUUACGUUCCUCAUCAGCGAGUCUUUUGUUGUAAUCGCUCAAGAUACUUCAUUUGAACCUCCAAUCAGAAUUAUUGGUAGAUCUAAUACCGUCGGAUUAGGAAAGCAAGCUUUGGAGUUUACUGUAGACAUGACUAAAUACCUUGAGAAAUACUUCGGAAUACCGUAUUCUGAACUACAUCCUUAUUUAAAUAAUGAUCACGUUUCCUCUCCUGAUUGGGCAUCUGCGGGUACGGAAAACUGGGGUAUGGUAAGUUAUAGGGAACUCUAUAUGAUCUUAGAUCCACGAGAGACUAUCAUGUCAGUCGAACACUACGCAGCAACAUUGGUCGCACAUGAAUUGACGCAUACAUGGUUUGGGAAUUUGAUCACUUGCUACUGGUGGAGCAACACUUGGAUUAAUGAGGGCUUUGCGAGUUAUUUCGGAUAUGCAGCCACAAAUGAGAUGUUCCCUAGGUACGAACAUAACGACCAUUUUAACUCCCGUUACCUACAAACAUCGUUGUCCGUCGACUCGAGUGUCUCGACUGUACCAAUGAACCAUGACGUGAAUACACCAGCUCAGGUCACCGGGCAUUUUGGUACAAUAAGUUAUUCGAAGGGGGCUUCGUUUUUAAGGAUGACAGUUGAUUUGAUUACUCCAGAAACAUUUAGAAAAGCUUGCCAGUACUUCUUACGUAACAACGCUUACAAAGCAACGGAUCAGUACGAUUUGUAUAACGCCUUCGCCCAAGCAAUCAAAGAAGAUGGCACUUUGGAAGAAUAUUCCGGUUUCGACUUCGCCGAGUACUACCGCGUAUGGGUUAACGAGCCUGGCUACCCAUUACUGACGGUGGAAAUUAAUCAUGCAACUGGUCAAAUGUCAGUGAGUCAAGAAAGAUUCUUCCUUAGCGCUUCUGCAACACCUAGUGGACAACUAUAUCCGAUCCCUAUUUCGUUCUCAACAAGAAGCGACCCUGAUUUCAAUAAUUUGAAGCCGCUUCACAUGAUGACAUCACGAGAAGCUACGUACAGGAAAACACCGAGAGAGGAAUGGGUGAUUUUCAACAAUUUACAACAUGGAUAUUACAGAGUGACCUACGAUGAAAAGUCUUGGAACUUAAUUGGAGAUGCAUUGUUAAACGACCCCGAAUCAAUACAUUAUUUAAAUAGAGCGCAGAUAGUGGACGAUAUAUUUGCCCUUAUGCGAUCGGAAAGAAUGACUUACGAUUUUGGUUUUAAAAUACUGAGGUUCCUCCGCAACGAAGCAAACUAUCAUGUUUGGAAUCCAGCUAUCAGUGGAUAUACUUGGCUUCGUAAUAGAUUGAGACACAUGCCUGAUGGCCAGGCUAUGUUCGACUCCUUCAUUCUAAGUUAUAUGGAACACGCUAUCGAUACAUUGGGUUUCGAUGUGGAUGAAUACGAGACUCCCACUAUUAGUUUGACUCGGCAAGAAAUUUUGCAUUUCGCUUGUAUGCUUGGCCACGAAAAAUGUGUUCGAGAAUCCCGUGAGAGAUUUAUUGCACUCAGAAAUAACAACAGUUGGGUAGAUCCGAAGAUACGUCGCAAUGUAUACGUGACUGGCAUCAGAGAAGGCGAUCAAGUUGAUUUCCAGUUUCUACGAAACCGUAUGUUAAAUUCUAACUUUGCGAACGACCAGCUGGAAAUGUUACGAGCACUGGGUGCUGCAAGGGACCCUGAACUUCUUACGCAAUAUUUACAACUCACAUUAACGAAAGCUGUUAGACCGCAUGAUAAGGUUAAUUCGUUCAACUUCGCUCUGUUGGGCAACCAAGAAAACGCACACACCGUUCUUCAGUUUGUAAAGAAUAACGUCAAUGAGAUGAGAGCGGCCUACGUAGAAGAUGCCCCUCAUAAUCCAGUUCACACAUGCUUAUCAAACCUCGCAGCAUAUCUUGUUGAACCACUUUUAGUAGAGUAUGAAGACUGGAUUCGAAGUACUCAGAGCAAUUCUCUACAAUUCAACACAGCUAUUUCAGCAAUAAACUCCGCACGUAACAAUAUGGCUUGGGGCUCGGCAAAUGUUGAAACUAUACUAGCAGCAGCCAGGGAUGGUGCUGUUCACGUGAUGGUGUCUACAGCUUUGUUGGUUACUAUGGCAGUGCUGGCUUUGUUUGUUUAA